AAUUUUUUACUAGCAACGCCUACCAACCGCCAUGAACUUUAAUAAAUAUUUAGCUUUUUUGGCCAUUUUAGUUCUGUGCCUUUUGGGCCAACAAGCUACUGAAGCACAUCAUCAUUUCGGCAAAGUCGGACAUGAAUUGGAUAAAGGUGUGAAAAAAGCAUCUAAAGUUGUUGAUACGGUUAAUAAAGCUAAAACUGUAAUUGAGGCCGGUUCCGCAAUUGCUAGUGCUGUGGUUGCUGCUUAAUUUCGACGGAGAAUGAACGCAGUUUUAAGUUUAAGUUAAUAGUGAUUUCGUAAAAAAAUCAGUAAAUAGAAUUUUUUUUUUUAAUUUUAAAAUAUUUGUCCUCGCAAAAAUUCAAGCUUUUUUUGUCAAUUUUUUUAAGUUUAUACAUUUCUGAAAAGUAGACUUAACUUCUAAACCAUUGGUAUAUAAAACAUCUACCUUGUCCCCUCACGUUUGUGAAAAGGGUA